AUGAGCUUCAUGGCUCUGCUCUUCUACCACAAGUCCAUUGCUCUGGUAGCAUGCCAGAUCUGUCAAUUGUGCUUCAGUGGAUUCGAAGCCCAACCCCUCUUCGACAGCUUCCUCUACGCGCUCUACAACCUCACCAGCAUAACUGCCUUUUGUCUCUUUGAAAGGCAUCUCUCUCAAAGGGACCUGAUGCGCCAUCCGUUCCUCUACAGACCUGUAAGCUGGGUCUGUUCUGCUCUAUCACAGGUGGACAUUUGA